UCCUCCCCUCCCUCUGCAGAGUUGCAGCUCGCCCCUGACAGCAGACACUGGCGCAGACUCCCAGCGCAAACAUUCACCUUUAUUUUGAUUCUCCUGACGCACAACGACCGUCCACAGCCGCACUCCUCCGCACAUCCUCUCCCGGAGCAGAGCAGCGUCGGAGCGGCCUCGUCUAGAAUGGGGAACCGAGACGAUGAGUACGAUUUCUUGUUCAAAGUCGUGUUAAUCGGGGACUCGGGCGUAGGGAAGAGCAACCUGCUCUCUCGAUUCACACGGAACGAGUUCAACCUCGAGAGCAAGAGCACCAUCGGGGUGGAGUUCGCCACGCGCAGCAUUCAGGUGGAUGGCAAGACGAUAAAGGCUCAGAUCUGGGAUACGGCGGGACAGGAGCGCUACAGAGCCAUCACCUCUGCAUACUACAGAGGGGCGGUGGGGGCACUCUUAGUCUAUGACAUAGCCAAACACCUGACCUAUGAGAACGUGGAGCGCUGGCUGAAGGAGCUGAGGGACCACGCCGACAACAAUAUCGUCAUCAUGCUGGUCGGCAACAAGAGCGACCUGCGCCACCUCAGGGCCGUGCCAACAGAUGAGGCCCGGGCCUUCGCAGAGAAGAACAAUCUGUCAUUCAUAGAAACUUCAGCGUUGGACUCCACAAAUGUUGAAGAAGCCUUCAAGAACAUCCUAACAGAAAUCUACCGCAUCGUCUCGCAGAAACAGAUUGCCGAGCGGUCUGCCCACGACGAGUCCCCGGGAAACAACGUGGUGGACAUCAGCGUGCCACCAACCACGGACGGCCAGAGGGGGAACAAACUGCAGUGCUGUCAGAACCUGUAACACAUGGCAACCAUCCCUCCUCACCUGGGUCGAUUAUUAAUUGAAAUCCACAGUGUUUGUGUGCUUCCAUCUGCCUGGGUUGCGAUGUCGUCUGAGUCUGCACCUCGUAGAUCAGUGGUGUCACCUCCAUUACUCCAUAAUCGAUCAAUCCCAAAACAAAGUGUUUGAAUUGAUUUCAAAUAGUAAUCGGCCCCAGGUACAAUCUGCUACAUCCUAAUGCAAAAAAACAGGACUGGUGGUACCUCGUAAGUAUCUACCACAGUUACCCACGAGAUAGUAGCAGAACAGUCUUGUAAGCCCAGAUGUCUCCCUGGUAGAUGGUUAUUGCCACAUGCUGGAGGCGUGGGUUUGAAUCCUGCCUGUUUCAGUCGUACCAGCAGUCUUGUUUUUGGACUCCCCUCCUCCAUUCAUCAUCUCAAAAGUGGUUGUGACGCUACUGAAGCUUAUUUCAUUUUGUGUAAAAUAUAUUAUUUUGUUUGUUUUGAUUUUGAUAGCUUGUCUGCGCACAUUAUAUUAAUGCCAUGAAAUUAAAUUUUACAAUAUUA